AUGGCGUUCCGCUGCAUGCGGCUCCUGCUCGCCCCAGCAGCACGGCCCGCCCUCGCUCGGGGCCUCCGCCAUCCUCUGGCCUCGCGUCCGUUUGCCGUCGCUGCUGCACUCCGCGGCCCCAAACCUCUGCCGCCUCGACCUACCGUCAACGAGGAUGACAUCACCGAGUCUUUCCUCAAAGGCAGCGGCCCAGGCGGCCAGAAGAUUAACAAAACUUCGUCAGCGGUUCAGCUAAAACAUCUCCCCACUGGCAUCGUCAUCAAGUAUCAGGGCACGCGGUCUCGGACCCAGAACCGCAAGACUGCCCGCCGGAUGCUGGCUGAGCGGCUUGAGGAAAUGGAGAAGGGCGACGAGAGCCGGACGCAGAUCAAGCGUGCCGCUCAGGCCAAGAAAAAGGCGAGCAAGGCAAAAAAGUCACGCAGAAAGUACAAAGCUCUCGAAGAUGCCAAGAAUGCCGCAGUUGGUGGUGAUGGCGUAGAGACGGCAGCAGAGGACGCUGCUGACGAGGAAGAGGAAGAGUGGGAAGAAAUCGACAACGAAAGCAUCGACCAGAAGGACGAAAACCCCAUCCAUCAACCAGAGAAUAGGCCACGAGGCCCGUGA